AUGCAAUACGACCUGGAGUCUCGUCGCGAAUAUUACCAACGAGACCUGUUGCCCUAUAAUGCCAUGCUUGGUUCGCCCGCUAAGCCGGAGAGUGAGCGUGCUGAGUUUCUGUGCCAUAUUCGGCGUGUUGCUGUUAGAACGUUGUCGCUUUCCAUCAUGGGUAUAUCUGCUAUCAGAGUCGGAACACAUAUAGCUGCUCUCUACAGCGAGCGAAGGACUAUCACGGCGCCCGAUGGGCAUUCGGCUAUGCCAAUCAUCGGCUUUAGCACUCAGCAGCGCCCUAUCAUCGAAGGAUGGGUCCAGGGCAAGGUUUUAACCGCAUUCGCCUAUUAG